AUGACAAAUCAGAAUUCUGAAGAGAUCCUACAAGUUCCUCUAUUUUCAUGGUGUCAAGGAGUUGUGCAAGGUUGGGCAGCAAUUCUAAUGGGAAUCAUGUCUGGAAGCAUUCCAUGGUAUACCAUGAUGGUCCUCCACAAGGAAAUUCGGUUCCUAAAGCAAGUAGAUGACACUUUGGCAGUCUUUCACACCCAUGCUGUGGCUGGAAGCCUAGGCGGCAUUCUCACCGUCUUCUUUGCUGAGCCCAAGCUCUGUCGCCUCUUCUAUUUGGUACCCAACUGGGAACACUAUAUAGGCCUUGCAUAUGGGCUAAAAAAUGGAAAAUCCAAAGCGGGGUUUAAACAAAUGGGAAUUCAAAUUCUAGGAAUCUUGUUUGUUGUAUCCCUCAACAUCUUUACCACAAGCAUAAUUUGUUUGUUGAAUAGGUUCUGUGGAAUUCCGCUUAUGCUGUCUGAGGAAGAGUUACAAAUUGGAGAUGAUGCAAUUCAUGGAGAGGAGGCCUAUGCAUUGUGGGGUGAUGGGGAGAAGGAGAGGUUUAUGAAUAAUAAGCAUAACAUUGUCUAUGGUGACAACUUCCAAUCAACGGUGCUAAAAGGUGAAGUUCAAAUGGCUUGA